UUGAUCAACCAGUUUGUUAGAUCGCGCCAGUUCGUGAAACAUGGAAGCGCUAAAAGCACGUGCCGACCUAAUAUCCCACAUCGAAACCGUUUCUAAAGAAAACGGAAUCAACAAUUACAUUAUUACCGAUGUACAAACAAACCAGAAAGGUGAGGGGUACCUUGGACAAAUAUUUCUAGUCAGUGUUAAGGACGCGAAUAACGAUAAACAACUGGAAAUCGCCGUAAAAGCAGCCUUCACGGACGAAAAAGUGCGAGCUAUGGUGCCUAUCAGAAUAUCUUUUCUAAAUGAAAUUUAUUUUUACACUAACUUGUUGCCGACUUUUCAAAAGUUCGAAAAAGAACGUGGACAAUCUACGUAUGUUGAGUUUGUGCCUAAGUGUUUUAAUGUUUCGGCGAAAGAACCAGAGGAGGUGCUAAUUUUGGAAAAUUUGAAAGCUUCCGGGUUUGAGAUGUUUGAUAAAAAACUUGUUUUGGACGAAGACCACGUUCGAUUGAUUUUUAAAACGUAUGGGCGGUAUCAUGGUUAUUCAUUUGUUUUGCGUGAUCAGAAUCCUGAGGAGUUUGAAAGGCUCUCUAAAGGAUGCUGUAACGUUUAUAACGAAUUUUUAAAGAAUGACUUCUUUAUUAAUCACAUGGGUGAGUUAGUUAAAAUGGCACAAGGCACACUGUUACCUGGAGAAGACGAUGAAGUUAUUGAAAAAUUUGGAAAAUAUGGCGAUAUAGACCUGAGGGACAUUUUUAAGGACGCUAUAUCAGAAGAAAUGGAUUACUCAGUGAUUUUGCACGGAGAUUGUUGGAGCAAUAAUAUGAUGUUCAAAUAUGAAAAAUCAGCGAACACGAAAAAGCUCAUCGACAUUCGAUUGAUAGAUUUUCAAGUGGUGCGAAUUGGUAGCCCUGUGUGUGAUUUGUCGUACUGUCUGUAUUCCGGAGCAUCGAAGGAAAUAUUUGACAAAUUGAAUGAUUAUCUUAAAAUUUACUACGACAGUUUUGCAACUUUUGUGAAAAGCAUGGGCAAUGACCCUGAAAAACUUUUCCCAUUUUCGGCUUUGAAAGAUCAGUGGAAAAAAUAUUCCAGAUUUGGUUUGAUCGUGUCUCUUGCAAUUAUAAGAAUGAAGUUGACUAACACUGAAGAUAUUCUUGAUUUAACUGAUAAUGUUGAAAUCGAUCAGAUGGUUGAUAUUAUGGCGAAACAAAAAUUCGAUGAAGAAGGUUACAGAAAAAGGAUGCGAGAGCUUUUGUGGCAUAUGUGUGAACUAGAUGCACUGUGACAGAAUUUUAUUAACAACCUGUGGUGAGAAAAUCGGCACAAAAUAAGAGUUACAAAUUAUUCAGCUUUGCAAUUAUUGUUUAAUAGCUAUGACACUGUAUUGCAUGAUUAAUUCACAAAAUGCUUUUCAAAAAGAAGCUUCUGACAUUUAUGACGCGAUAAGUGUAAUGUAAAGAACAUCAUAAAUUGUAAUAAAUUACUUAUAAAUAA